AUGUGUGUGUGUGUGUGUGUGUGUGUGUAGAAGGGGAGGAGGGGGGUACGUAUACUGAGCCCAGUGCACAUUUGGGUAUGUCGUUAUAGGGGUAAGGCAGUGCUCUAACAGAUUGGGUUAUACAUAGCUACAAUGGCGCCGCGGAGCAGGCUGAACAGAUGGAUUGUAUUGUGUAAUUUUGGGAUUUGACAGGAGUUCAGUGAUCUGCCGUUUCAGUCAGCUUCAUCACCCAAAAGGUCCUCUUAAUUAGGUCACAUGUUUUUUCAAGAGAUGGCUGCCGUCUUUAGAAAAAGAAAAAAAAUAUCUCUUGAUGGGCUACUAUGAAUAUUAAUCGUUGUGGGAAUUGUCAUUUAAAGCACAGGCCUAUUAGCCUACCGGCUUAAAAUAGACUUUUACGCACACGCGUAAUAGUGCUAGACCAAUUUACGCAGAUGCACAGUGAAUGCAGCGUCGUUGUUCAUGUCCAUUUUUUUAAAACUUAACAUAAUAAACUAUUUUUCCUUGAAUCAAAUUACCAGUGUUAGUUGGGUAUUGUUGAGUAGAAUAGGGGGUUGUAAGGCUGUGACCCUCAUGACCUUGUUGGGCUUCUGUGCGUAAAGGCGCACUGAGAAAAGCCCAAAACACACGGAGCCAAGUUUAGAAUAAGGGUCUAAUAGAAAAAAAGUAAAAAGUAAAAGAACUAUGGUAAUAUAUUCAGGAAAGAUAUUAAGAGAACACGUCAUCAAGAGAAAUGAAAUAUUGUAGUUAUAGUACAGAAAUAACACUAAAUAUAAUAUAGUUUCUCUAAAACUAUAGUAUUAUGGACACAUUAUGCUGUAUGUCUACUUUGAAAUAAUAUAGUAAAAUAAUGUGUUAAGUGUUAAACUCUUGACUAUAUGUUUGUAUAACAGGUACAGGGGCUACAGCCGGAGGCCUACUCAAUAUACACACCACACCACAUCCUCAAUGUCUGUUGUAAAGUAUGAACAUAUAGGGCUACUAAAGGCCUCCAGUAUUUAGGAAACAGGGAUUUGCUCUUCCCUCCCACUUUGUCCUGACUGGGUUCAGACAUUGCCUGUAGCUGUGGCUGUAUACAGUCAGGAAAAACAAAGAUUAUCUAUCAGGAAGAUGAAUCACUCAAUAGCAAAACAAAAACCCAGGCCGUGGUUUCGGUCUGCAGCAGUGAGACAUAACUGUACAUGACCUGGUAUAGUAGUAUAGUAUAGCCAUACACUCUGUGCCCAUUAAUGCUAUGCUAUGCUAUGAUACUAUGGUGAUUAAGUGAUGGGCAGCAUACCAGCAGGCAUGGCUCAAAACAAUAGUAGAUUUUUUAAAUUGUUUAAUCUUUGGAAUUAUAGUUUCUGUAUUCUAUUGGACAUCUUGAGGUUGAGGUGGGGGGAGUGAGUUUGUCAGAUUCCUCUGCUGCUGUUGGCACCAUCUCCUUUAUUGCAGACCUGCCUUUCUGGCCCAGUAGGCCUAUAUACACCGGAUAUUAUUCAGGUUGAAUACAGAUUAGAGGCUCCCAAGAGUGUCUCUUGAUUAUCUUCUAAAUUAAAAACCAUCCCGGUUUGUUUAUGGUUGUAGGUUUACAGUUUUUUUUUUUCCACUGAAUUGUCUCUAAGGCUAGAUGCUGCAGAUUUAGAGGUAAUGUAGUCUUUUACAGUGUAACGAUGCACACAGUAUUCAGUAAGUAAAUACCAGCUACCACAGGUGUAACCAAGUCCACAUGACAGAUCUUCAGCAUUCUUCAAGCUGAGAUGUCUUGCAAAUAGACACUUUAGGUAUUGGUGUAAAAACACACAGCGUAUACCCAGCUAAUAGAAAUGCAAUCAUGUAAGAGGUAACCUGACAGGGUGAGGCCUAAACCAGUGGAAGCUAAAUGGACGUUACUCUGCAGAAUCCAUUACUUUUAUAUAUCAGGACAACUGGUCCUGUAUUAACACAUUUGUUGGGCAAGGCGGGCUUCUUGGACCAUUUCUUGUAGGUAACCUACUUGUAAUCGGUUUAAGUUGACCUACAGCAUCCACUAGAAAUACACUGUUGCUAUGGUUACCAGCAGUUUGUGCACCUUGUGCACUGGUUUACAGGGGUGCUAAACUGCUGACUGGAUUUCUUCCUGGCAUAUGAUUUUAACUUUAAUUUGUCUGUGAACAUAGCAUGACUGAAUGUCCUCGUUACAGCCGGCUCUCCUGUUCGAACCCACAAGUCUAUAAAAUUGUGUUUGUGAUACAUUUGGACACUGAAAUGUGUUAUGCUUACUUGGAGGGUAGGCUAUCCCAAGCCUGGAAGCAUUUCACAGUAUAAACCUCAACCACCAUCAUUACGCAACAUUGUUUUUUUUAAGUAGGCCUAUUGUAAACAAACAAGACCUGAUGAGCUACCGGCUUAGUGCAAAACAUUGUGGGCCACUGGCUCAGAAUCAGUGUUUUAUGUUUCACACCAUAAAACAGAAAGUGCUGCUCCUUUUUACUGCAAACAGCUUCAGGAGAAGUUUUGUUUUCCUGGGACUGAAGAAACUGGUCUCAAGGAAACCCACCGUCCCUGUUACCAGGAAAAAGCAUCAGAGUGAGAGCUCCCUGCCCUUCACUGCUCUCUGCGGUGUAACCGGAUCAGGGCAGAGCAGAGGGACGUACAGGAGGCUUGUUUGCCUCCAAAUGAGCCAAUGAGACCGGCUUUACAUUAGACUGACAGCCUGGCUCAGCGAGCCCGGAGACGCCAUCCUGGUUUGACAACCGUCCGACAGCCAAUGCGGAUCCACGGGGGACAGGAACGGAGGGAAAAAAGCAAAAUACAAAUCUGACUUCCUGUAGGUCAAAACGUUACCUGCCACCUGCGGAACGUUAGAGUCUGACUGAGGAAAAAGAGGGAGCAACACCCACAACGAUGGCUCUGUCGCAGCUCCUAGACGACUCACCUCUGAGGUUGGGCCCAAAAUGCACCGGGGCCGACGACCUGAACUUGCAAGAGUUGUAUAACGAGAGACACCGGCUGGCUCUGGAGGAGCUGCUGUCGGGGGGGCUCGACACCUUCCUGGACUUCCUGAGGAAAGAGAGGAUCCCCAACUUUCUCUCGGACGAUGAGAUCCAGCGGAUCCGGAGCGCCGCCGUGCCCCCGCGGUGCGUGUCCCUGCUGCACGGCGAGGACCAGCCACUGGAGCAGUCGCUCAGCUGCUCCCUGGACUGCUCCUCCGUCACCUAUUUCCCCGAGGUGUCGGACGUGGAGCCGCCGCUGCUGGAGAUGGGCUGGCCCGCCUUCACCGCCGGCUCGUACCGAGGAGUCACACGGGCCGUGGCGCACUUCCAGCCCAGCUACGGGGAGUGCAUAUACAGCUGCAAGGAGGCUGCGAGGCGUAUGAUUAAAAGUGCCAGAGAGGUGAUUGCCAUAGUUACAGACUCCCUGACAGACCUGGAUAUAUUUAAGGAUCUUCAGGAGGCAUGCUCCAACCGCAAAGUCCCUGUCUACAUCCUGCUGGACCAAUCAUGUGCUCCUGCUUUCCUCAAGAUGUGCAACAAUGUCGGCGUUCGCCUGGAUGACCUUCGGCAAAUGAGAGUGCGAAUCAUAACUGGUACAACUUAUUACAUGAGAUCAGGAGCGAGGAUUACUGGGAAGGUUCAUGAGAGGUUCAUGCUGAUUGAUGGAAACAGAGUGGCUACAGGUUCCUACAGGUUCAACUGGACUGAUGGCAAACUAAACAGCAGUAACCUGAUCGAGCUUUCUGGUCAGAUAACUGAGAAAUUUGACGAGGAGUUCCGCAUCCUCUACGCCCAGUCUCUACCUAUAAACACCCGAGGGCCUCCAAGUGUCCGAAACAGCGGCAUCUACGAGCAUCUCCUCCUCAAACACUCGGCCACCUCCUCCCCUCACCGGGCCAGAGAGAGGCCUGUGGAGCUGGUGUGUCUGACCAGCACCCCCAGCCGCAAGCCCCAAUAUCUGGCUGUCCAGCCCCCGUGUGAACCGUCGACUCCAGAUCACCGUAAUACCGAUCCAGUGUCCAACUCCUCCACCAUAGAUGAGGACUGGACGGAGCAGAAGCACAUGCAGGAGGAGAUCCUGGCUGGUAGCACCGCUUGCCAUUUCCCUGCAGACCAGCCAGCAGAGAAAGAGACCGUGACCCCCAGCACCAUCUCCUGCCACGCCUCCACUCAAACCAGCCACUCAGUGACGGACAGGGACACCCAGACGGACAUCCAGCUCACACAACCCCCCAACCUCCUCUCACCAACAAGCACAGGGCCCAACAGGGCCACGUCUCCGUCUUUUGCGUCUCCAGGGCAGAUCUCGCCCACCCAGGCUGCUUCAGACAGCACCUUAAAGGACUGCUUCCACAAGCUGACCAAAGAGCGCCAGCACCACUACUCCAACAUCCGCUCCAAGCUGGAACACAUGGUGACCACCCUGUCCCAGAGGCGAGAGCUAACGGACGUCACCAACAUGACUGAGGGGCCUGGCGCUCACAGCAGGGACAGGGUACACAAAGACUGUGGGCAGAAACUAGACCCCAGACUGCUUGUUGAAAGUGCGGGCAUGGGCACAUGGCCAAGAGCCAGAUGUGUACACUAGUUUGUCUUCAGGGUCUUCGUUGGAGGGUUGUGGGGGGGAAGAGCCGUGGCAAGGUUUCUUGUGGAUCCUGUGUUUCAAAUAAAUGGUUUUGGCUUAUGCAGUAGAAUUCCAGCUUUCUUCUAUUAAUCUUUUUUUCAGCAGUGCCCACUUUUGUCCUGCUUUCCAUGCUGUGUCUUGUCCAUGUCGAAGCAAUUUUUGGUGUAAUGGUAAGGCAGAUUUGUAAAUGACAUUAACAUCUUGCAAAAAUUAUGUUAACCAAAGACACGGUGCAAUAAUCAUUUUUUGACCAUGUCAGUUUAAUGAAUAUCAUUUACUGAGGUGGUUAAGACUGGAUAAUAUCUGCUGUAGUAUGAGUGAAAAUGCAUUCAAGUGCCUUUUUGGUUAUUUAAUCACAUUUGGCUGCUCUAACUGCAUCUGAACAACAUUCCAGAGAGCAGCUGGCUCUCACUGUGCUUUGCUAAUAAACAAAGUAGUAUUUUG